GUCAUAACCGUCUCCUAGAAUUUCUGUGGUCUCUUGUUGGCUCCGUAUUCGUCCUUGUUUCCCUCUGACACCCUUGCACCCGCUUCCCAGUGGGUAGGUUCCGGCGGUGAGAGCGAAGCUGAGAGACAGUAGUUAUCGGCAGGGGGUGUGACUCCGGUUCCGUACGUGGUCUUCGCGCCAACGAAGCAGGGUUUGGUGGUGCAUCGUAAAACCCUCUCCCGCGGAUCACCAUCAGCUAGGCGAAAGCCAGAUCUACCUCUACUCCAAACACCCGCUUCUACAGAUCCCAACAUAAAAAACUCGACUUCCUUUUUCUAGAAUCGCAGGAGGGAUGGACGGCGGGAUGCCAGCACCUGGUGGCAGCGGCAUGGGCGGCGGAAUGGGCGGCGGUGAAAUGGAGCUGAUGUCGAGAUCGCUCCAGAUCGAGCAGAAGCUCUUCUAUCUCGACCUUAAAGACAACCCCCGGGGCCGGUUUCUCAAGAUCAGCGAGAAGACGGCGGUGAACCGGUCGACGAUCAUCGUGCCGCUGGCCGGCGUCGUGUGGUUUGUAGAUCUGUUCAACUACUACGCCAAUGGCGCCAACGACGCCGAGCUCAGCAGCAAAGAGCUUCAGCUCGACACAAAGGUUUUCUACUUCGAUGUCGGCGAGAACGCUCGGGGUCGUUUCCUCAAGGUGUCGGAGGCCAGCAUGGCGCGCGCGCGCUCCACCAUCAUCGUGCCGGCGGGCGGCCCCGCGGCGGAGGGCUGGGCGGCGUUCCGCAACGUGCUGGUGGAGAUCCACGAGGCGUCCAUCGCGCUGCCCACGCCCAGCGCGUCCGGCGCCGUGCCCGCCACGCAGGUUGACGGUUCGUUCCACCACACGGCGGUGGCCGCUGCACCCGCGGCGGCGGCACCAGCGGCGGGCGGGGCGGCGGAGGGGGGCGCAGUCGCGGCGUCGGCGGCUGCCCCAGGCGGCCCCUCGACGGGUGGCGGUGGCAGCGGGCCGGGCGGCAACGUGUUGGCAUCGCGCGUUAUCCGCGCGGAGCAGAAGAGGUUCUUCCUGGACCUGGGGUCGAACCUGCGGGGCCAGUUUCUCAAGGUUUCCGAGGUGCAAGGCACGGAUCGGUCGGUGAUUAUAAUCCCGGCGCAGGCGCUGGAGCAGAUUCACGAGGCGCUGGGGCAGUUCGUGCAGGUGCUCAAGGCACAGCCGCCGCCCUCCCCCCUCGUGCGCACACUCGCCCCACAGCCCAAACGCUCCGACUCAUAGUUGGCUUCCGACCGCCGCUGCUGCUGCUGCUGCUGCUGUUACCGGGUGCUUUGGGCCCAGCCUCCGCCUGCUGCAGGGAGGCAGGAUUCGGUGUGGAUGCUGCUGGAUAUGGUUCUUUCUUUGCUUCCAGAGAUGGUAUUGCUCUCCUUGCACGGUGCUUGUCCUGGUACGGAGUGAAGCAGCAGCAGCAGCUAGCGUUUCUGCUGCUAACUCGCUAUGUGAUGUUGUGCUGAUGACGGAUCCGUAGUAGGCGGUUGUAGGAGCGGUGUCUGCCGUAACUGUCACAGCUCUCCUGUUUUGAUUUCCACAAGCUCUGCUGCAUGGCUUGGCUUGCUGGUGUUACGAUGAUCAAGUGAAUACUGAGGAAUGGUGAGGGAAUGCGUGGCAGCUGUUGCAAUGAGUUGAAUAGCUUUGCAGCAACAUGGUCAGUGUCAAGUACUAGCAGCAGCGCAACAACAUUCGUGGUCAUCUUCCACUGGAUGUCAGAUUUGAUUACUAGUAAC